AUGGAUGCAGACCAAAGAAUAAUAAAUGGUAAUGAAUCGCAAUAUACUACUCAAAAUGAACCUGUAACAGUGGACAUAGUUGAAGAAUUAGAUGUGAUAAAAAUUUCAGAUACGGAAUAUAGAAGUAAAGUACCAUUAAAAAAACCAGGUCCAAGAGUAAGAGGAGUAUACGGAGGAGCAUUUGCUUCACAAGCAAUAUUAGUUGCAGUAAGAUCAUCACCUCCAAAUUUUAAACCAAAUGCAAUUCAUACAUUUUUUGCAAAAAAGGGUCUUCCUGAUGUAUUAGUUACAUGGAAAGUACAAAAUAUAUCAACUGGUAAAACUUUUGCAAAUAGAUCUAUACAAGCAAUACAAAAUGGUGAAGUUAGAUUUACUGCAAAUGUUUCAUUAACAACUAAAAAUGAAUCAUCUGGUGAUUCUAUAACGGAAAAAUCAUUAUCAUUUCAAGGACAAAGAACCUCAGAAUUGGAAAAUUAUACCGACGUUGAUCAAUUAAAAGGUUAUGAUGUUCCUGAUGUUCAUUUGAGUAUUCGAGACUUUGACGAAUAUGAAUCAAAAGAUAUUUAUUCAUAUAUAAUAAAAUAUGGAAUAAAUCAUAAAGAAAAAGUAUUACCAAUACCACCUGAAUUUAAAUAUGUUGCUUUUACAUGGAUUACUGAUUGGAUGAGUUUAAAUUAUGCAUUUGUAUCUAGAGGUCAAAAAGUUCAAAUAAAUUUUAAUGUUUCAUUAGAUCAUUCAAUAUAUUUUCAUGAUGAUGAUUUUGAUGCUACUCAAUGGACUGGUAUUUGUUUAAAAACUCCUAUUUAUUUACACAAUAGAUGUUUAAUUAUAUGUGAAUUAUAUAAUGAACUGGGUAAACAUGUUGCAAGUGUUGUUCAAGAAAGAUUAUUUGUGACUAAACCAGUUGAACCAAAGGCUAACUUAUAG